AUGCCCUCCCUCACUCGCUGGCUCGCCCUCACCUUCCUCCUCCUCUCCUCCACCGCCUACGCCCAAUGCGUCGCCCCUUACAUCACUUCUCCUCUCCGUGGCCUGGUCACCACAGCCGACUUCACCCUGUCCGGGGUGGUCAGCCGGGACAACGGGUGUGACGAGGGAUUGGUGCGGAUCAUGCGAUCGGGAUCUGGCGAGAUCUUUCUGUCUUCGGUCAACGCAGAUGGCACCUUCAGCGUGGACCUCUCACACCAACCCUGGGGACCACAGAUAUACUAUCUUCUUCUGCGGGAGGAUACCACGGACUCCCGCCCCAGCGGUCCAGUCGAGGAUGACGACGCGGACGUCCCCAUCUACGACAACCGGCCAACUUUCUCCGGGUCGACCGACUGCCCGUACGUCACCUUGACAUUGGCGUCGGUCGACCCCAUCGUCGCCAGGACCAACGAGCAAGGAUUUUACGAGAUCCGCUCCCAGGCGCUCGCGGACGGCCGUUACACCUUGGUCGCUACCGCCUCGUCGGACGAGUCUGGUUCAAACUCGGCCUCAUCGCGGCCGAGGAACUUUGUGGUGUCUUCCACGCAGUCUGGCUCACGAGAUGAGUGCUACGCUCCCACCCUCACCGGCCCCGGCGUCCGAUCCGACUUCCGUCGCUCUACCAUCGCUGGAUACACCGCCACCGGCACCCUCUGCGACGACGGUCUUGUCCGUCUCAUGACGGAAGAGACCGGGGAGGUCGCCGUCAUUGGUCUUGACGGCGCCGGCGCGUUCAACGUCCCGGUCCUUCAUCCUCAGUAUGGCGUCCUGCACUACUACCUCCUUCACACCUCGGAUACGGCGGGCCUCCUCCGGAGCAACACCGUCGAGGUCACGGUCACGUGCGACGUCCCCAUCAUCCUCGAACCCCUCGGCCAGACCUGGCAGCCAAACUACAACGAGUACGACCCGGUCUACAUCUACAACCGGCGUCCUCCUAUGGGCGGCAACACGGGUCAAUGCCGCUUUGCCACCAUCGAAAUCACCGGUCGGCCGACUGUCACUGUCUCGUCGGACGCACAGGGCUACUUCAAGGUACCGCCCUCGGUCUAUGAGAAUGGUGCCUACGCCCUCAUCGUCACUGGAACGCCGGACGGUACCGCGGAAAGCCUUUCUGGGCCGGUUGCCAAGCGGUCCAACCAGCGCAACUUCAUCAUUGACUCUACCGAGCCUAUGCCUAGCACCGUCGGCUCAAGGCGUCGGAGUAUCAAGCCAAGGUGUAAGGCGGAUGAGGAGCUGUGCCGUUUCAUCGGCGUCAACAACAGGAUGUCUAUACAGUACAGGUGCUAUCCUGACCUCUCUACCAAUCUCAACCGGUGUGGCUCGUGCGAUGGACCCGACUGUGCGGAUCUGCUCAAUGUCGACGGCGUGAUGUGCUUGGAAGGGCGGUGUCAAAUCCAAACGUGUGAGAAAGGUUACAUACUGCGCGACAAUGCUUGCGUCAAACGAUAG